AUUUUACAAAUGUGAUUUCUUCUGUUAGAGAUGGCAGACGCACCUACUGAAUCAAAGGCGAAAACAAAAGCAGUCAAGAAACCAAAGGAGAAGCCAGUAGAGCCUCCUCCUUUAAAAAAGAGACCUUUCAAAAGACACGGACGUCUUUAUGCAAAGGCCAUUUUCACUGGAUAUAAACGAGGGCUUCGUAAUCAACAUGAACACACAGCGUUACUUAAAGUCGAAGGAGCGAGGACUAAAGGGGAUUCAGACUUUUAUGUAGGAAAACGAUGUGUUUAUGUAUAUAAGGCAAAGAAUAAGACACCUGUUCCUGGCAAGAAAAGUAGGAAAACAAAAAUUAGGGCUAUUUGGGGUAAAGUAACCCGGCCACAUGGAACCAGUGGUUCAGUGCGUGCUAAGUUUAAGAAGAAUCUGCCAGCUAAAGCUAUGGGCCACCGUAUUAGAAUUAUGCUUUAUCCCAGUCGGAUUUAAAUAAAUUUUUAUGUUGUAUAAAAUAAGUAAAUAAAUAACCAGUUUG